GCGGAGUCCCAGGAAGUGACGCCCCCUGCUGCGCCGGCGGAGACUUUUGCUAAGCGGGCGACCUUUAGCCGGCGAUGGAGAACCGAGCGGUGUACGGACCCACUACCGAGGCGGCCCCGGGUGCCGGCAGGGGCGGCCUGGCCGCCUGCUUCACUCUGGGCCGGCUCUCAAGGCCUCAGCGCGUUCUCAAGGGCUUGCAGCUGCUGCUGUCCCUGCUGGCCUUCAUCUGCGAAGAGGUUGUGUUCGAGUGCACGCUGUGCGGAGGCUUGUACUUCUUUGAAUUUGUGAGCUGUAGCGCCUUCCUCCUGAGCCUCCUCCUGCUGAUUGUGUACUGCACACCACUGUAUGACAGAGUUGACGCUGGGAAAGUCAAAUCAUCGGAUUUUUACAUCACCCUGGGAACAGGGUGUGUAUUUCUAUUGGCAUCUAUCAUUUUUGUUUCUACCCAUACUGGGACCUCACCUGAAAUAGCUGCAAUUGGGUCUCAGCAGACAUUCCAGGGCGCUGCUUUCUCUGCAAAGGGAAUAAUGUACUCCAAGAGGGCUGAGAAAUAAUUGCCACUCAGAGGGCCUUAGAGGCUGGUCAUCGCUGCUUGGCAGGCUUUUUCCUGGAAAUGAGGAAAGUCUGUUCAGAAGGACACAUUAGAUGCCUACAGUGUACAGUGUUGAUGUUAUUAGAAUCUGGCCACACUUCGAAGUCUUUAAUGGCCUCGCGAGUUUCCCGUGGCUUCUCUAGCCAAUGACCCCAGUGGACAUUCAUUCCCUUGCAGUUCUGGAAGCCAAAUCUUUACCCGAGUGGAAGUGAGGGUGGCAGAAGCUUGUUCUCUGUAGACUCCAGCCCAGGAUUCGUCUCCUCCUUCAGCUCUUGAGAUGCACAGCUCUUCCAGGGCUCCAGCCUCGCUACCUCACAUCCUCUUCUUUUUUUCCUUUCCCCUCACACUGAGUUUAGUUAGGACUACUCCCAGGAGCAUGGGCAACUUGCCAGGGGCCAAAACACUGAGGAAAAUGUCUCUUUUCCAGAAAGAAAUUUUAAAAUCUGAUGGUUCAUUUUCAAAAAUGCCUCGAACCAGCUUAGGUCCUGCUACAGAUGAACAGAAAACACAAGACCCCUGCUAAUACCUGCUAGUCUAGCUAUUCCUCCCCACCCACACUCUGUUAAAUUACCUGCCGCCCCCAAAGUAGAGGUUUAGAGUAGAAAAUUAUAGCUAAACUGGCCUGCCGAAGUAAGACACUGUGUGUAAAAGUUGCAGCAAUUACUUUUUAGUACAGCACGGCUGUCACACUGAUGGUGACUGGAGACACAGUGAAGGAAGCAACUUAUACAAGAAAGCAUUUAACCGGGGGCUUGCUCACAGUCUCAGAGGUUUAGUGCAUGGUCAUCAUGGCAGGAGGCAUGCAGCAUGCAGGCUGGCUGGAGCAGUAGCUGAGAGCUUACAUGUUGAGACAAGGACCGCAAGGCAGAGAGUGAGCCAACUGGAAUGGUGUGGGCUUCUAAAACCUUAAAGACCACUCGCAGAGACACACCUCCCUCAACAAGGCCACGCCUCCUAAUCCUCGCCAAAUAAUUCCACCAACUGGUGGUACCAAGCCUUCAAAUAUACGAGCCUAUGGGGGCCAAUACGUAUCUUGCCCUGAGUUCUUUCCUCCACCCAAAGUGUCAUGCAGUGAGCAGGACACCCUGACCAAUACUGGAAAGAAACUUUGGAACACCGGUGUCAUAGCUGGGGAUUGUGGUACACACGUGUGUAAUCUCAGCACUAGGAAGGUGGAGAGGCAGGAGAAUUGUGAGUUCCAGGCUAGCUGGGGCAACAUAACAAGACCUUGUCUCAGAAACAAAACCAGCAGUGCACUGUAGACAUGCAUGUCUGCGGCUUGUUUCAUUUUCCAAGAGACACAGGAGGUGUCAGGAAGGUGCCCACUCCAGCAGU